AUGGACUGUAUUGUACUAUCUGAUGAAGAAAAUGAAAACAAAAAUUCGGUUACUACUGCUAGACAAUUCGAACAAAUUAACAAUCCAAUCACUACAAAUGAUGAUGUUGAAUUAGUUGCUAUUGAAUUAGAAAUAAGUGAAAUCGAUGAACAAAUAAGUCGACUUCGUCAACAACGUGGUAACUUAAUUCAACGACAACAAAAAUUGAAAGAAGCAAUUAAACGAAAUCAACAUAUAACAAUAAAUAAUGUCAAUGAACAAUGGCAACGAACGGAUUUUCCUUGGAGUUCAAAAGUAAACGAAAUGCGUACAGAAAUAUUUCAAAUAAAUUCAUUUCGACCAUGGCAACUUGAAACAAUUAAUGUAACACUUUCAGGUUAUGAUUGUAUAUUAAUUAUGCCAACAGGUGGUGGUAAAUCUUUAUGUUAUCAAUUACCAGCUAUCGUUUCUGAUGGAAUAACAAUUGUUGUUUCACCAUUAAUAUCUUUAGUUGAAGAUCAAAUUUAUGCUCUUCGAAAUUUGAAUAUCGAUGCUCGUGCACUUAAUACAUCAACACCACAGGAAGAACAAACAGAAAUAAUGCAAAUUCUUGAUGGAAAAAGUAAUGGUACAUCAACAUUAAAAAUUCUUUAUUUAACACCAGAAAAACUUGCUAAAAAUAAAAGAAUCAUGGCAAAAUUACAAAAACUAUAUGAAACAAAAAGAUUUUCAAAAUUAAUUGUUGAUGAAGUUCAUUGUGUUUCACAAUUUGGACAUGAUUUUCGACCAGAUUAUAAAUAUUUAUCAAUAUUUAAACGUCAAUUUCCAAAUAUAUCUAUUUUGGGUUUAACAGCUACAGCAACAUUAAAAGUGAUUUAUGAUAUUCGAAAAAUACUUCAAAUUCCAAAUUGUAUUUUAUUUCGAGCACCAUUUAAUAGAAAAAAUCUUUUCUAUGAAGUGCAUCACAAAUCUAAUGUUGGAAAAGAUGCUUUAAGUGAUCUUGUAAAUUGUAUUCAACAACGAUUUGAUGAACAAUCAGGUAUUGUUUAUUGUUUAUCACAAAAAGAUGCCGAAGAUGUAUGUGUUGAAUUACAACGAAACGAUAUUAAAGCUGGUUGUUACCAUGCUGGUCUUUCAUCUGAAGCUCGAACACAAGUACAUGAAAAAUGGUUACAGAAUCAAGUUCAUGUUAUUUGUGCAACAAUUGCUUUUGGCAUGGGUAUAGAUAAACCUGAUGUACGUUUUGUUAUUCAUCAUUCUUUAAGCAAAUCAAUUGAAAAUUUUUAUCAAGAAAGUGGUCGUGCUGGACGUGAUGAUCAACAAUCACAUUGUAUUCUUUUUUUUCGAUUUUCUGAUGUUUUUCGUUUAGCACCAAUGGCAUUUUCAGAUAAAUCAGGAAAUGGUCUUAAAAAUCUUUAUUCUAUGAUAUCAUAUUGUCUGAAUGAAUCUCAAUGUCGUCGAAAAUUAAUUUCAAAAUAUUUUGAUGAAGUAUGGCAAUCAAAUGAUUGUAAUCAAAUGUGUGAUAUCUGUACACGAUCAUCAACAACAAUAACAAAAAGAAAUUGUCGUGAAGAAGCUUUAAUUAUAAUUAAUUAUUUAAUGGAUAAUAAAAAAGAACGUUUAACAGCACUUAAAUUAAUUGAAAAAUUAGCAAUAAAAACAAUGACUAAACUUGAUUUACAAAGACUUAUUUUACAAUUAAUUAUUGAUCAAUAUUUAAAAGAAAAUUUUCGUUUUACAUCUUACGCAACUAUUUGUUAUAUUAAAUUAGGACCACGAUCUCAAAAUGUUAAAAAUGAAAAAUGUCAAAUUUUUCUUGAUAUUGUUGAACAUAGUAAAAAUAUAACAUCAUUUACGAAUAAGAAAAAUGAAAAACAAAUAACUAAAAAGAAAUCAUCAACAUCUACAGUUAAAGAACCACGAUCUAAAUUACAUGCGGUUACAAAUAAAGAACCAGUUGUAAAACCUAUUCAAAGAAAAAAGCGAACAUUGGAAUAUGAUGAUGAUGAUAAUGAAGAUGACAAGAAUAAUGUUGAAAAUGUACCAAUGUUAAAAAAACAAAACACUUCAUCAAAUCGUCGUCGUAAAGCAAUUAAAUGCAAUAAAUUACCAGUAUCAGACAAUGAAGAACUUGAUGAUUCAUAA